AUUUAACUCUUAACUAACCACUCUGGGAAAUGUCCCUUGACGUCUAUUCAAAUGCUCUGGUUUAAAAACAUCUUUUCGCAGCGGUCGUGAUUCACGCUGACUGACAGCUCUGAAGCGGCGCUGUAGGACCGUCAUUUCCCCGUCAUGUGAACUGUGGAAGUUUGCAGGGGGCGUGUGAGAGAGCGCAGCCGACACAAGAGAGACACGGGCGGGCGGUCCUUCACUCUCCGUUCGCCUCUCUACACUCGACCCACGGUCCCUGCUGUCUGCGCCUGCCCGAAGUUAGCGGACACUUUUACCACCAAAACGCCGCUGUCUGACUGGCUUCUCUUCCAACUGCACCCCUAACACUUGACUAAAGACCGCAACGGAGCAGAUCAGUUAAGCGGCAGCAUGUCCGCCCGCGCAGACUCGGAGGUGAAGGAGCUGAGCCCGGUCGACUUCAUACAGCUGCAGCAGUACAUCGAGUACUGCAGCUUGAAGGUGAAGGAUGUGCUCCGAGAGUUUGACCCAGAUGGCAGCCUGGCGCGGCAUAGACAUGGAGAGUGCAUCAAUGAGGAGGGCUUCCGUCUGUUUCUGAAGACAUAUUUGGAGGUGGAGGACUUCCCUGCGGACCUGUGCCAGAGACUCUUCCGAUCGUUCCAAAACUCCAAAGACUCCACAGACAGUGCCAAGGAGGUCUUUCUGAAGGAUGUGUCCUGUUACUUCUCUCUCCUGGAAGAUGGACAGCCCAGGGACAAGCUGGAGUUUGCUUUCAAACUGUACGACAGAGAUGGUAAUGGAGUCCUGGACAGUUCUGAAGUGGACAGAAUCAUUGCUCAGAUGAUGCAUGCAGCAGACUACCUUGGCUGGGAUGUCUCAGAGCUACUUCCUGUUCUGAAGGACAUGAUGACAGCCAUAGAUGCAGACAGCAGUGGCACCGUGUCCCUGGACGAGUGGGUGAACGGAGGCAUGAACAACGUCCCGCUGCUGGUGCUCCUUGGGCUAAAGGUGACACAGAAAGAUGGACAGCACCUUUGGAGGAUGAAGCAUUUUAACAAGCCUGUUUACUGUAACGUGUGUCAGAGCAUGCUGCUGGGGCUCAGGAAGCAGGGCCUGUGCUGCACCUGCUGUAAAUACACAGUCCAUGGUCGCUGCGCCAACAGGAACCCAGCUCCCUGCACCAAGACCUAUGUCAAGUCAAAGAAAGAUACAGGGGUUCCAACACACGACUGGGUGAGUGGGAACUGUGAUUCGAGGAAGUGUGAUAAAUGCCAGAAAAAAAUCAAGAGCCUUCAGGGUUUAACGGGCAAACACUGCGUCUGGUGCCACACGAUGCGGCAUGAUGAAUGUGCAGAGCUGGAGCCCAUAGAGUGCAGCUGUGGGCCGCUUCGGGACCAUAUCCUUCCUCCGUGGGCCAUAUAUCCUGUAAUAAAGGAAAGAACAAAUGGCUGUUCAGGAUCUGGAGAUGACAGUGACCUCAAUACGACUCCAGAUGGACAAGUGCUGCAGAUCAGUCCUGUGCCCAACACUCACCCGCUGUUAGUGUUUGUGAAUCCUAAAAGUGGUGGCAAACAGGGUGAAAGAAUCUUACGGAAAUUCCAGUAUUUAUUAAAUCCACGACAAGUUUACAAUCUCUCAAAUGGAGGUCCAGGCCCAGGUUUGAGUUUUUUUAGAAAUCUACAGGACUACAGGAUAUUAGUGUGUGGGGGAGACGGCACAGUGGGAUGGAUUCUAGACGCCAUUGACAAGGCUAAUCUAAUGGUGCGACCUCCUGUUGCUGUACUUCCUCUGGGCACAGGAAAUGACCUUGCUCGAUGUCUCAGAUGGGGAGGAGGAUACGAUGGAGAGGAUCUUUGCCGUAUUUUGAAGGACAUAGAGUUGAGCACGGAGGUGAUGAUGGACCGCUGGAGCUUUAAAGUGAUUGCAGAUGAAACUCAAGAGCAGGGAGACCCUGUGCCAUAUGAAAUCAUCAACAACUACUUCUCCAUCGGGGUGGAUGCUUCUAUUGCACAUCGGUUUCACACAAUGAGGGAGAAACACCCACAGAAGUUUAACAGCAGGAUGAAGAAUAAGUUGUGGUAUUUUGAAUUUGCAACUUCUGAAACAAUUUCUGCUUCUUGCAAGAAACUCAAAGAAAACCUAACUAUUGAGUGUUGUGGCACCCCCAUUGAUCUCUCGGGCCUUUCGUUGGAGGGGGUCGCAGUCUUAAAUAUUCCCAGCAUGCAUGGCGGUUCCAAUCUGUGGGGGGAGACCAAGAAAACCGAUGCCAAGUCAAGUCCAGAUGAGCCAGAAGUCAUAGUUGACCCGGAAGUGCUAAAAGUAACUUCACAAGAUCUGAGUGACCGUCGUCUGGAGGUGGUUGGCCUGGAGGGGGCGAUGGAGAUGGGGCAGAUUUACACUGGACUGAAGAGUGCAGUGAGACUCGCCAAAACCUCUCAGAUCACCAUCAGGACAAAGAAGGCCCUCCCAAUGCAGAUCGAUGGAGAGCCGUGGAUGCAGCCUCCGUGCACGAUUAUCAUCACACAUAAGAACCAAGCCAGUAUGCUGAUGGCUCCUCCUCAGGCCAAAUCUACAGGAUUCUUCAAGUAAAACUGACAGCAGUGUGUCUAAUGUACAUAAAACUAAUCUUAUAUAUAAUAUAUGAAAUGUUCUGAAUGUCAGUAUAGAAAUAACCGCAUAAAUGCUUCAACGGGCUACAUAUCGUUCACAUAUAACCGAAGCAUGGCGCUGUAGGAACACAAACUGUACACUGCAAAAAAAUGACUCCCUGCAUAGGUUAAAAUAAUCCAAGAAUUUUGUUUUAAUAGUUGUGACUUUAAAGUUUCUGGUUUAGAUUUUUAAUUUUUUUUUUACAAAUUUGUUUUAAAUAAGAAAUAAUAUUGUGAAACUAGUAUGAAAUUUGACCCAAAAAAUCUAGUUUUAUAAGUAAAUAAACCAACAUUUUAUCACAUCAGUACUACUCAAAUCAGUAUUAGGUUUUUAAUAAACAGUUUUAACUACAGUAGGUAUAAUUUUUUGCAGUGUAUGUUACAGUUAUGUUGCAUUGUGGCAAAAUGACCAAACUUUACCUUUAACAAUAUAAAACUGUAGAAAGCUUUUAGACAAACUGCAAACUACUGCUGUAGGCUGGAGAUGUGGCCGUUAAUGCUUUCUGUGAAUGUAAAGUCUAAGACAGGACUAAACCAGGACUAAAUGUGGGACUCAAACAUGAAAGUGAACCAGGACUGUGCAAGGACUAAAAGUAGGAAUGAACCAGGAAUAAAGCAGGACUACAACUAGGACUGAACGAUAGACUGAAAUCAGGAUUAAACUAGGACUACAACUAGGUCUAAACCAGGACUAAACCAAGGUUAAUUCUGCACUAAAAGUGUGACUAAAACCAGGACUGAGCCAGGUCUGCAUCAGGACUAAAACCAGGAAUAUUUGUAACCAGGACUUGGCCAGACCUAAACCAGGACAAGGUCUGAAUUAUGGCUCCAGUGAGACUAAACCUGGUUCAAACCAGGACUAAAAUCAUGCCAAAACCUGGAAUAAAAUUUAUGCCAAAAUACAAAUAAAAAUUGGAAUAUUAAUGCGUAAACCAAUUCUAAAGGAUGACAAAGUAAACAUGUGUAAAACUAGAACUAAAAUCAGAACUAAACUAGGACUACAACUGGGACUAAGUCUGCAUUAUAAGUGCAACUAAAACCAACUAUGAUCCAGAAAUAAACCAGGACUAAACCAGGUCUACAACUAGAACUAAUCAAGAACUAAAACUAGGUCUAGAUCAGGACUAAAUCAGCACUAAACUAGGACUAAAUCAGGUCCUGAAUCAAGCUAAACCUAAAACUAGGACAAAGAAACAAGGAAACAAGACUAAAGAGGACUAAACUGGCUCUCAACAUUAUUGGCCUCAUUAUUUCUAUUGUUUUGUGCACGGCCCUGGCUGAAAGCAAUCGGCUGUAUAAAUGGAACAGCGAAGCUUCAUGUGCCUUUACUAUAAUAUCAAUAAUCAGUAAUUUUGGCUUUAGCAGCACCAUAGCAGCACUGUAGAUAGACGUGCACUGACCGAACAGUAUUGUGUUAUUGAAGGACACACUGCAAAAAAGUCACAUUUAUACGAGUUAAAUUGACUUGAAUUUUAAAGAUUUGAGAAAGAAAAUUUUGACUAGUUUAAAUUUUUUAAAUAAAAUCUUAAUAGUUACCUGCCAGUGAUGUAAGAAAAUGGCAUGAUUUAGUCAACACAUCUUUACUCUUUGUUUUGUGCAGAUAAUUAAGCUUAAAUACUAGAACAAUAAAUUCUCAAAAGAAUAUAGAUUUUCUGAAUUUGACUCAUUUUAACUUGUGUAAUUUUAAAUGUAUUUUUGCAGUGAAUUGGGAGGAAUCUCAGGCUGUGGCUUAAUUUAUUUACUCUUUUACAUUUUUACAUAUUUGAAAUACUUGAAGGUGUUUUUGGGAACAAUAGGACAAUCAUUGCCAAAGGGGUUUUCUGUGGCUCUGAAAUGGUGUGAGAAAAGCUAGGGAUGUCACGAUGUCUAAAUGUAAAAAUAAUAUUUGUGGGGAAAAAAACAACAAUGCAGUUUUACAUAUGUUUGUUUGUUUGCUGUGUAUUGCAUUAGCGAAGUCCAUGCAAGUUUAAAUGAUCAAUGUUGUAUUAUGUAACUUUUCUGGUUAUUACUGCUUUAUAUGGAAUAUUACACAGUAUGGCAUUGAACACAUCUGUCUCCAUGGAGACAAGCAGGUGAUGUUACUAGACCAUGUUAAUAGUCAGUUACAUCUGUGGAGAGGCAAGGAACGUAAUAUUGUAUGUUAUUCAAGGCAUUUUUGUGCACACCUGUAAUUUAAAGACAUACUAGACAGAUAAGUAGAUAUGUUUUAUGACUUACUACGGAACAUUCCAGGUCAAGAAAUAACAUCUCCAUGAACAACAGUAGAUGGUGGACCUUACACCAGAAAAGUUACAUAAUGUUCCUUUAAAUUCUGUCUAGUAAAUACACAAAUUGGUCAAACCGCUUAAUUCAAACACUUGUCUCUCUUUGACCAUGAAUCUUUAAGACUGGUUUACAUUUAUGGAUUUUUACCAGUUAUCCUGUGUAUUUUGUAAGAAUUUAUAAAACCAAUAUGUAAAUCUUGACAUCCCUAGUGCGCUCAGAAGGACUGCUGUAUUUUAAGAUUUUCAGAAGCUGACACCACUUUUACUUUUUAGGAUUUCGAUUCUUAACUAAAUAGUUGAGACCAAUUUAAUAUAUAGUGUUAAUUUAAAUGUAAUGUAAUUUAAUAAGUAGGGAAUGUUAUAGUAUAUUGCCUGGUAAAUAAGAGCAUUAAAAACUUAAAAGUGUUUGGUCCAUUUAUUUCAGGAUGCUGUGUUUAAAAUAAUGUUCGAUGGUUUUGAAACACCAGGGGGCGCUGUGUAUCUCUCUAGUGGACUAUAACUGUGGUAUGGUGGUACUUGAAAGUUCAUGUAAGUAAUAAUGAAACUACAGCAUUACAUCAAAUAAAUAACAGCAAUAACA